UGUAAAUGUCGUGACUUAAAAAAGAAAUUGCCAACAGGGUUGUACCAAACUCCUUGACUGCGCAGGUCUUGCGCUCCGGCCCCUCCUCUGACCCUUCUGUCAACAGAAACUCGUGAGAAAACUCACCUGACUUUUCGGGGGAAGCGCUGUAAGGAAAGACUCACACCCUAUUUUGAUAUUUUUUUCUUUCUCAUUGCGUCAUAUCGAAAUAUGAAAACUGUCGCCUCUUAUUUGUGCGACUCUUUUUGACUGAGACUUUUAUUGUCCUGUGAGUUGUAUAUAUUUCUAAGUAUUGAAAAGUAUAGGCGAUAGGUGCUUCCGGGUUCUUACGUCGUGCGCGCAUUACAGCACGGAGACGAAGAUCAAUAUGACAGAGAUGGAUGAAAUAACUUCGAUCACAGCAGAUAAUGGAGCUGCAGUGGUCAACAUCACUGCUGAUGCAACAGAAACAGAUGCGUUUCUCAUCCAGAAUAAUGGCAGCAAUGGGAGGAUAACAGAUUCUGGCCAUGAAGCAGAGGGUAACACAAAGAGGGAAAAUGAGAAUUGCUCUAUCAGGAGAAUAAAGGAACAACUGAAUGAAAUUGUCUUUUGGAGAAUCACACUAUGGAUGGUUUUGAUCGCCCUCUUUUUCCUCAUCAUUUUGGUGAUUAUCAUCUCUCUCGCUGUGUGCACAGCAUUGCAUGAAGAUGAAGAUGAAAAGUUUGACUCUUCACUCUUUACAAUUCCUCACUAUUUUACUGGAAGUUUUCAGAUGUCUAACAUCUCUUCUACUCCAAGUCAAGUAUCAAGUGUACUUCAUGGAAAGCUGACUGAUCUCUACAGAUCCUCUCCUGCUCUGGGGCGGUACUUCUCUAAGGCUGAGAUAAAUGAUUCCAGGAAUGACUCCAUUGUCAUGAAGUACAACCUGAUGUUUCUCUUGCCAGAAGAGGAGCAGGAGGAGUUGAGAAACUUCACUCUGAGCAGGGAGGUGGUGUACAACGUGUUCAGACAGUUCCUUUAUGACCAGGAUCCGGUGGAGUUGAGGAAUUUCUAUAUUGUUCCAGUUUCCCUAGAAAUGUCUUCAAUGCACUAAUGAAAUAUGCUCACACAUCAACAGAGACACUGAUAUAUAUCUGUGAGGUUUGCACAUGCAGCAUGAAGCUGACCCUGCACUCACCCACAGGCGCUGAUUAAGUGCCACUGCUGUCAUUUUUAUUUUCAUGCUCUUUCACUGUGAUUUAUUUGUUUGUGCAUAUGAGAAACUACUGUGACAAGCUGCAUUUUGAUGGAAAAGGCACAUGUUUAUAUUUACACACCUGUGCAGUUAGAUUGCCUCAACUGAUAUCAUUUGCAAAUAGUCAGUGGAGUUACCUUGAAACAUGUUCCUAAGAUGCCUCAGACACUAGGACAACACUAUAUAUAUAUUUUUUCUUACUUAACUGACAAUGUUAUAUACCUUUACAAAAUAUAUAUUCUACACACAGUUCAUGCCUCUUGAUACAUGUAAUUUUUUACUUGAUUCAUCUCAGUAGGACCUGUUUUUCUCAUAGCAAAACAUUCUUUGAAUCUUUUAUGGGCUGAACAGCAGAGGGCGUUCAUGUCCCACAAGCAAAGAAUAAGGAUAAGACGAGGGUUAUUGCAGUUUAUUACAUUUGGGGUAAAUCAUUCACAUUUUACACAAGCAUAACUGAAUCAGUACAUCAGAUUGCACACUUUUCUGGCUGUAACCCACAUGUCAGCCUUCCAAUAUUGGUACCAAUGUGUUUAAUGUGGAUACACAAGCAUCUUGUUAGUUGCAAACGCCUUGUUUGCAUCAAGCCUGUGACCCAUUAACAUCACUAAAUUUUUUAAUUCUUCUUUUGAGAUGCUUUUCCAGGCUUUCAUCUUACCCUGUUUCAGUUGCUAUUUGUUUUUUUGUUUUUUUUUGGGGGGGGGGUCUUCUUCAGCAGGUAAAAUGCUGCUCUAUGAGGUUUAAAUCUGAAGAUUUAAAGUCUAAAAUCUUCCACUUUGAACUCCUGUGUUUCUUUGGCAGUGUGUUUGGGGUCAUUAUCCUGCUGCAGGAUAAAGGAUCGUCCAAUCAGUUUGGUUCCAUCCGUCUUUAAACUGGCAGACAAAAGGCUUUUGUAAACUUCUGUGUUCAUUUCAUUGUGGCAUUCAUGUGUCACAUCAUCAGUGAAGAUUGAGGUGGUUCCAGAAGAAGCCAUGCAAGCCCAAGCCAUGAUGUUACCUCCACUGCAUUUCACAGAUGAACUUGUAUGGUUACACUUCUGUUUACUCAGGAAAUGUGUGUUUUGUUACAAAAAUGCCAUAUCUCCAGUUGUGCAUCAAAUCCAGAUGUACAUACCUAAAAAUAAAAAUUGAAAUGUU